AUGCCUUUCUCCAAGAUCUUCAGCCUCGCUGCUGCCUUUGCCCUCACUGCUUCGGCCCUCCCUCUUGCUCCCCGCGCCACCAGCGGUGGCGUCCAGAUCGUCAACAACCUGAGCGAGACCGUCUAUCUCUGGUCCGUUUCCGACUACUCCAGCCCGAUGCAGACCAUCCCCACCGGCGCCUCCUACACGGAGACCUGGCGCACCAACCCCAACGGCGGCGGCAUCUCCAUCAAGAUGUCCACCACCACCGACCUCGCCUCCGUCCUCCAGUUCGAGUACACCGAGUCCGGCGAUGUCCUCUACUGGGAUCUCUCCUCCAUCAACCUCUCUCCUCAGUCUGCCCUCGUCGCCGCCGGCUUCGGCGUCACCAUCGACGAUGCCAGCUGCCCGACUGCCGCCUGUGCCCCAGGUGACGCCAGCUGCUCCGAGUCGUACCAGCUGCCUGAUGAUGUGAACACUCGUGCUUGCACGACUACCGCUGCCUUCACCCUGAACCUGGGUUAA